AUGAAUAAUGGAAAAUUUUGGAAUAACUAAAAUAUUCCUGAAUUUGAUCAGAAUGAGAUGAGGAAUGGUUUAAUCUCAAAUUUCUAUAAAUUUGGCAAACGAUUGGGCCAGAAAUGUUUGCGAAAGUACAUCCUAAUUCGCCAAUACUUGUUAUAUUCAAAUAUUGGGAAUUGCUAGCACUUCAAAGGCAGUGUUAGAUUGGAUGGAGUCUAUGCAUCAUUUUAAAUAUCUAAUUCAGAAUGUUAAAUAUAUCUAAAAAAGAAUGGACUUCAAAUUGUGUUAUACACCGAUGACGUAAACCAAUUUGAGACAUGGGCCAAACUUCUAUCAAAUUGUUGCAUACUUUCAACAUUUCAUGAGGAUAUUACAUUGGGAAAUCUGAUUGGAAAUGGAAGCUUCUCAACAGUACUUUUGUAUUCUUAUAAGGUCUAUGAGGGCAGAAACAAAGAAGGAGAUGUUUUCGCAAUUAAGGCAAUACAUAAGAAGAAAUAAAAAUCAUUCGCAAUUAAUUAGUAAUACGAAGAGCAGUUGUUAAGCGAGAUUUCAAGUUUAAGAGAAAUGGACCAUGCAAGCAUUCUAAAGCUACAUCGAGUUUAUGAAACAGCUGAAAAAUUAUAUUUAGUUACUGAAUUUAUUUAGGGCUAUGAAUUAAUCGCAAAAGCUACCAGCAAACUUGUCUUUUAAGGUAACGAACUGAAAUGCUUCAUUCGUCAAAUGCUAUUGGCAAUCAAAGAAAUACAUUAACACAACAUCAUGCAUAGAGACAUUAAACCAUAAAAUAUCCUAUUAAAAAAUGGCCAGCUUUCUUAACCAAUUCUUAUCGACUUUGGACUGGCUGUUAGUACUGAAAAAAAGGAAUUGCCAUUUCCAUCUUGUGGAUCUCCUGGCUAUUCAGCUCCGGAAAUAAUAAGAUUUGAUGAAACCAAAAAAUAAUACAGUGGAAAGUGUGAUAUCUUCAGUUUUGGUAUUACCCUUUUUGUUAUAAUCUAUGGAUACAACCCAUUCAAAACUCAGGAUUAGAAGUAAACACUCAAGAGAAAUGCAGAUGCGUAUUUUGAAUUCCCUAAUUCCAAUUACCCUUAAGAAUAACAUUUGAUUUUAUUAAUGACUAAAAAGUAUCCAAAAGAUAGAAUCACCGUUGCAUAAGCUCUCGCUCAUCCGUUUUUUCAGACGGAGCUCUAUUAAACAAUAAAGUUACCUAAGGCCAUCCUUUCUAAAUAGCAAUAUGAAAUGAGCAAAAACUUCAAUAAGAUUAAUGUUCAUGCAAGCUUAGAGAUGGACAGAGAUCUUGAAUUGAAUUAUGCCAUACAUCUAUUUAGUUCUUCUCCUUAAAAUCUUAAAAAGCUAACUUUAGUUGGUAAUUCUAAUAACUUAAAAUAAAUUGAUGAAUUUAAAUUAGACUAUAUAGUAGACUCAGUUGAUAUAACUCAUAUAGAGAAAUUAAAGAUGGGUCAAAGUUAUUUUUCAAAUUAGAAGUUAAAAAUAAGCAUUUAGUUUUGA